AUGGACAGGUCUCUGGCCCUCACCCUGCUCCUCUCCGGGCUCCUCUCCGGCCUCAUGGCUGCUGCCUCCCGGCCGCCGGAGGCCGGCCAUGGCGGCCCCCUCCGCCCCAAGAGGCUCCGGACCGUACAGGUUCUGGGCUUCGACUGGAAGAACUGCGGGCAGCCGGACGCCCCCGCCGUGCUUCGGACGCUGGCCCUGACCCCGGACCCCAUCAGCAUCCCCGGGGACCUGACGGCCGCCGCCUCCGGCGCCACCGCCGUGGAGCUGGCCGCGCCCCUCUCUGUUCUGGGCUUUGACUGGAAGAACUGCGGGCAGCCGGACGCCCCCGCCGUCCUGCGGACGCUGGCCCUGUCCCCGGACCCCAUCAGCAUCCCCGGGGACCUGACGGCCGCCGCCUCCGGCGCCACCGCCGUGGAGCUGGCCGCGCCCCUCUCUAAAGAGGUGGCGGGCUUCUGGGUGAGGGUCCCCUGCGUGGAGGAGCUGGGAAGCUGUCACUAUGGCGACGCCUGCGCGGAGAAAGAGCUCACCUGUACGGUCCGGAGCCUCUUGGGGCGGAGGGGGCCGCCAUGGCCGGCCUCCGGCGGCCGGGAGGCAGCAGCCAUGAGCCCGGAGAGGAGCCCGGAGAGGAGCAGGGUGAGGGCCAGAGAGCUGUCCAUGCUGGCCGGCCUAGAACUGCUCAGAGGACCGCUGCACGGGGGGAAGACGCGGAGCCACUUCCGUGUUUACGCUAAAGGGGGCCUGACGUCACGUGACCGCAGAGCCACGUGA